CUGAACAACAUCAACAUGGUCUUCAAGUUUGUCGCUUUCGCCGCUUUGGUCGCCGCUGCCAAUGCUGGUGUGAUUGCUAACACCUACGCCGCCGCCCCCUUGGCUUACGCAGCCCCUAUUGCUAAAGUAGCCGCUCCUUUGGCUUAUGCUGCCCCAGUAGCCAAGGCUGUUGUUGCUGAGGCCUACGACCCUCAUCCACAAUACAACUACGGAUAUGGUGUUGAUGACCAUCUGACCGGUGACAGCAAGAGCCAACACGAACAACGUGAUGGUGAUGUUGUCCAGGGUUCUUAUUCCUUGACCGACUCUGAUGGUUUCCGUCGUACUGUUGACUACACCGCUGAUCCAAUCCACGGUUUCAACGCUGUUGUCCGUCGUGAACCCCUUGCCGUUAAGGCUGUUGCCCCAGUCGUUGCCAAAGUAGCCGCUCCCCUCGCCUAUGCUGCCCCAGCUGCCUACUACCACCAUUAAAUGAAAAAUUUAUUUAUUUAUUUAUUUAUGCUGAAAUAAAUUAUUGAAAAACCUA